AUGCUUGGUAUUACCAAAUAUUUUGGCUUGCGAGGUAACUCCCUCAACCUUGCCAUCAGUUGGAUAGCUGGUCUCGACUUUUUUCUCUUCGGAUAUGACCAGGGUGUGACUGGCGGCCUUUUGGAUCUGCCAUCAUUUACAAAGCAUUUCCCAGAGAUAAAUCCUGACGCGGAGGGUAUCAACGCUAUAGAAUCGGAAGCUCGUUCAACAUACCAAGGUAUCACGGUGGCCGCCUACAACCUAGGAUGUUUUCUAGGAUCUUUGUUCACAAUAUUUGUCGGAAAUUCCCUGGGCCGUCGCAAGACAAUUUUUUUUGGUUCCAUCAUUAUGACCGUUGGCGCACUAUUACAGUGCACAUCGUACACCUUACCCCAGUUUCUUAUUGGAAGAAUCGUGACGGGAUGGGGCAAUGGGAUGAGCACGAGCACUGUUCCCACCUGGCAGUCUGAGACUGCAUCUGCCCAUGCACGGGGAAAAUUGGUCAUGAUAGAAGGCAUGCUAAUCACCGCGGGGAUUACAACUAGCUACUGGAUCAAUUAUGGGAUGACUUGGAUCGGAGAGAAGGAGGUCGCUUGGCGCUUCCCUGUGGCCUUCCAGAUAGUCUUUGCCUCCAUCAUAUGGGGAACUGUACUCAACCUACCUGAAUCGCCCCGUUGGCUUGUCAUGAAGGGCAGAGACGACGAUGCGCUUGAAGUCCUCGAAGCGCUGAAUGGAAAGUCCCGUGAAGACAUAUUCAUAAAAAGCGAAUUCGAGUCCGUCAAGCUUACUGUUCUCGAAAUGUCAAGGGGGUCCUAUAAGAGUCUUUUUCAAAUGACCGAAUACCGCGAGUUUCACCGAGUUGCGCUCGCUUACAUCAUUCAGGUGUUCCAGCAAAUCUCGGGGAUAAAUCUCAUCACUUACUAUGCGCCAAUUCUCUUCAGCCAAAUUAAUCUGUCAGGCAAUAACCUUCCUAAGCUUCUAGCGGCCUGUAACGGGACAGAGUAUUUUUUGGCUUCUCUGAUACCUAUUUUCAUCAUUGAAUGCGUUGGGCGUCGUAAGUUGAUGCUCCUAGCAACUACAGGCAUGUCAUUGUCAAUGGUUUGUCUUACAGUGACUUUGUGGGCUUUGAAUGCCGGACAUGCGGGUGGUGGACCUGCUCAUGUCGUAUUCCUUUUCGUUUUCAAUACGUUCUUUGCCAUUGGCUGGCUAGGGAUUCCGUGGCUAUAUCCGGCUGAGAUUGUACCAUUGCGUAUUCGAGCGCCAACAAAUGCAUUGUCAACAAGCGCUAACUGGAUUUUCAAUUUCCUUGUCGUCAUGAUAACUCCGGUUGCUUUCAAAACCAUAGGCUACAAAUUCUAUAUCGUGUUUGCUGUUAUAAACGCGGCAAUUCUCCCAGUUGUCUACUUUUUCUACCCAGAGACGCGUUAUCGCUCUCUUGAAGAGAUGGAUGAUAUUUUCAAGAAGUCAUCCAGUGUUUUCAAUGUUGUUUCGAUUUCUCUCAGACAACCACAUCGAUACGACGAGCACGGCCAGCUCAAGGAAGAGUAUCUCGAGGCUAUUGAAUAUCACGAAAAUGCCCAAGGAAUUAAAUCCAUCAAAGAUUCCGAGUAUCUGCCUUAG